AUGGCAACUGAAAAUGAGAAAACCGGUGUUUCAGCUAGUGAUAAUAUAGAUGCCAGUAAUUUCAAUAAUACAUCACAUGAUAUGGAUAUGGAUCAACAAACUCAACAAUUACAAAAUGAAAUAGAGAAAGAAAUAGCUGAAAGUCAACCAUUAGUAAGUGGUAAAAUUCCAACAACUUAUUUACAAAAAGAAUAUGCAUCAGAUGAUAAAAUUUAUCAAGAUAAAGUAGCAGAAUUAAUGAAAACAUAUAAAUAUAUUCGACGUACACGUGGUGAUGGAAAUUGUUUUUAUCGUGCAUUUGCAUUUGGUUAUCUUGAAAAAAAUUUAAAUAAUAAAAAAGAACUCGAACGAUUUCGUCAAUUAACAUAUGAUCUAAAAGAUCAACUUGUUAAAUUAGGUUAUUUAGAUUUUACACUUGAAGAUGUACGAGAUGUUGUUAUUGAAAUUAUUGAUAAUAUAUAUAAAGAAGGAAAUGAACAAAGUUUAAUAGAAAAUUUUUGUUCACAAUCAUAUUCGGAUUAUUUUGUUGCUUAUUUACGAUUAUUUACAUCAGGUUAUCUUCAAAUGAAUCGUGAAUUUUUUGAAAAUUUUAUUGAAGAUGGAAAAAGUGUUAAACAAUUUUGUAGUACUGAAGUUGAACCAAUGGCACGCGAAUCCGAUAAUAUUCAUAUAAUAGCAUUAACUAAAGCAGCUGUUGUACCAUUACGUGUUAUUUAUAUGGAUCGAAGUCAACAAUCAUCAUUAACUAUACAUGAUUUUGCAGCUACAGAUGAAGAAAUGAAAGAAAUAUUUAAACCAAUGAUUACAAUGCUUUAUCGACCUGGUCAUUAUGAUUUAUUAUAUGAAAAUUAA